AUGUGGGGGAACUGCAUUUUGACGUCUGGGUUGCUGUUUGUCACUCUGUCUCUUGCUAUUGCAAAGCACAAGCAAUCUCACUUCUCCAAGAGCUGUUACCCGAGGGGAACCCUGUCUCGGGCUGUUGACAUGCUCUAUGUCAAGGCGGCGUGGCUCAAGGCAACAAUUCCAGAAGACCACAUAAAAAAUAUACGAUUAUUAAAAAAGAAAUCAAAAAAGCUGUUCCUGAAAAACUGCAGAUUCCGAGAACAGCUUCUGUCUUUCUUCAUGGAAGAUGUUUUUGGCCAACUCCAAUUACAAGUUUGCAAGGAAAUACACUUUGUGGAAGAAUUUCACAGCCUGAGGCAGAAAUUGAGCCGCUGUAUUUCCUGUGCUUCAUCAGCUAGAGAGAUGAAAUCCAUUACCAGGAUAAAAAGAAUAUUUUAUGGGAUUGGAAACAGAGGAAUCUACAAAGCCAUCACUGAACUGGAUAUUCUUCUUUCCUGGAUUAAACAAUUCCUGGAAAAUAUUAAGUAAUGCAAGAAAUCUAGCACGUUGAUUUAAUUUUUAUUUUGAAAUAC